GGGCCGGCGCCCAUCGCCUCCUUCGAAGACCUGAGCUCGGAGUCGCUCGAGUCGCCAGCUAGCCCCCCCACCGACCAGCUACCCGACUGGCGCGGCCCCACCAGCCCCGGCCUCGGCCUCCUCGGCCUCCCCACCAGCCCCGGCCUCUGUCCCGGCCUCGGCCUCGGCCUGCGCUGACUGUCGCGUUGCAGGAGAAGAAGGCCGGGCCAGCAGGGCCAGAAUGGCGGCCCCGGCCACCACCACGACCGUCGUCAUCCCCGCCACCCCUUCCUCGUCGACACACCGCUCCGAGCUUCAGGCGGACAGCUUUGGCGGCGAGGGCGCCUCGUCCUCGGCCUCGGCCUCCACGGCCACGCUGGGCAUCAGCCCCGGCACCCCUCGCAUCGACAUCAGCAGGGCCUCCUCCUCCAGCCAGCAGGACGACUCGAGCCCCGAGCGGGAGCUCACGGCCGGCGGCGACUCGGCGGCGGCGGGUAGCGGCGGUGGGGGUGAGGCCAAGCUGCUAGGCUUCCUCGAGGAGGGCACCGAGGACCUGCGCUCGUCCACCGAGGAGCUGCAGUUCCUGGAGGAGCCGGGCACCGUCGAGGACCAGGAGCGGCGGCGCCGCGAACAACGCCACCGGCAGCGCAAGGAGAGCACGCAGUCGUGUCAAGCGGACCUCGCGCCGAACGACACCAAGGAGCGCAAGGACUCGACGUGCAGCGCGGAGGUCGCGUUCCUGACCAGCCACGCGGCGCGCCUGUCGUCCGUGGGCUCCGCGGCGUCGGCGUGCUCCGGGGCGUCGGGGCUGCGGUCCGGCGCGGCUUCGGCGGCACCGUCGCGUUCCCCGUCGCCGGGCAAGCUUCUGCUGGAGACGUCCUUCUGCGGCACGCGGCCCGCCUCGCAGGUCGUGAAGCAGGUGGUGUCCGUGAGCCUCGGCGCCAGCCCCUGCGCCAGCCCCAGCCUCCGCCGCGACUCGGAGGCCUCGCACCUCGCCCGCCACGACCGGCAGCGGCGGCGCACCAUGGAGCGGCAGACGGCGCUCGAGGGCGAGGUGCACGUCGUGGCGCACGUCGAGAAGGGCGCGGACAAGGCGGACAAGGCCGACAAGGAGGAGCGCGAGCGGCAGGCGCGCCGAAUCGCGGCCAAACGGGCUGACGAGGUGCGGCGCGCGCAGGGCAAGGAGCCCAAGCAGAGGCCGGCCGACGAGGACAAGGUGGAGAUGGCCGAGAAGGUGCAGAAAGCAGACAAGGUGGAGAAGGCGGACAAGGCCGAGAAGGCCAAGGCCAAGGAGCAGCGGCCCAAGCGGCCGCGCAGCAAAGCCAAGGAGGACGCGCUGGUGCGCAUCAUCCCGCUGCACAGCUCCGACGAGGUGGACAGCGGCGAGGAGGAGGCGGAGGCGGAGGGGGCGGACACGCUGGGCCGCUUCGAGGGCCUGGACGACACGGAGGACCUGGAGGUGCAGCGGCGCCGGUGGCUGGAGACGCACGUCAGCCGCGACGAGGACCCCGAACUGGUGAGGAUCAUCCCGCUGCGCACCGAGUCCGUGGAGUACGCCGAGAAGGAGAGGGAGCGCCGCGAGUCCGAAGGCGGCACCGUGGGCAAGCGAAGCACGCCGUCUCCGAAGCGGCCCGCCCAGGAGCCGCGCGUCGAGAAGACCGUCGCUGUGAUGGAGCAGCAUCGGCCGAGCUCCAGAACGUCGACCCAGUCAAAGUCACCACAGCCGCCCAGGUCACCGCAGCCGUCGCUAUCGCCGCAGCCACCGAGGUCUCCGCAGCCAUCACUGUCGCCGCAGCCUCCGAGGUCGCCGAGAUCACCGGGGGAGUCAGCCGGUGACGGCGUGGCCAAGGCGCCAGGGCGGCCACGCGGUGGUCGCCGGAAAACGGACCCGAACGCACUGGUACGUAUCAUCCCCCUGCACUCCGAGGACAGCUACGAGGGCUACGGCGAAGACGACGCGCGACCGCCGUCGCCGCUCAACGAGGCCAUGCACGACCUUGGCCUGCCGGACGGCAAGGGGCCGCCGGCUAAACGGAAACAGCCUAAGGCCGUCGCCAUCCCCACGGUGCCUGGAUCCAGCCCCGCCGCCAUCCCCAAGACGUCCCUCGGCAAGCCGGUAGAGCUGCCCAAGGUGCCCGACCUGGCGAGGAGCAAGGACACGGCCAAGGACACGGCCAAGGACACGGUCAAGGACACGCCCGGGCCGUCGCGGGUCGCCGAGCUCGCCGGCCAGAGCCAGAGAACGGGGCUGGGGCCGCGGCCAGCGCCGACCGGGGCGCCGACCGGGGCGCCGGGCAAGGUGCGAGCGGGGCCGCCGCGGCGAAGGGUGGACCCCAACGCGCUGGUGCGCAUCAUUCCGCUGCACUCCGAGGACAGCUAUGAGGGCUACAGCGACGACGACAAACCGCCACCGAACCUGGAGUCGCCGACAGAGGAGCAGACGACGCUGCCGCCGCCAAGGUCACCGCUUAUGGCCGAACCAUCGGCUGCGGCUCAGCCCCCUAAGUCUCCCAUUCCAGUAAAGUGUCCCCAACCACCGCCAUCGCCCUCGCCUGCAGCCAUGCCCGAGCCCCCCAAGUCACCGCAGCCACCCAAGUCUCCGCAGCCGCCGCGGUCUAGGCCGUCUCCCUCCGAAGGGGUGGCGCCGACGGAAGCGGUGAUCGAGGCUCCCCCGCGCGUUCCCGGCAAGCCGAGAGGUCCUCGGCGGAAAGUAGACCCCAACGCGCUGGUGCGAAUCAUCCCCCUGCACUCGGAGGACAGUUAUGAGGGCUACGGCGACGAGGACCUGCCACCGGAGUACCGCUCUGGCAAGUCACCGAAACCACCAACAAGUUUGCCCACGCAGCCAGCCAGGUCGCCGCAGCCUCCGAAGUCGCCACAACCGCCGGCCCAAGCAGCGAGCACGUCGUCGUCGGAGGCAACCACGGGCGACGCCGCGCAGCGUUUACCCGGGAAGCCAAGGGGAGGCCGUCGAAAAGUGGACCCGAACGCGCUUGUACGAAUCAUCCCUCUCAAGUCCGAGGACAGCUACGAGGGCUACGGCGACGAGGACCUGCCCCCGGAGUACCGGUCGACCAAGUCCACGUCCCAGCCGCAGGCGAGCCAGCCGGCACAGCCAGCCAGGUCACCGCAGCCCCCGGCACCGUCACUGCCGUCAUCCAGCGCGUCCGGCACGGGGGACGCGUCGCAGAAGCUGCCUGGCAAGCCCCGCGGGCCUAGAAGGAAAGUAGACCCGAACGCGCUCGUGCGCAUCAUUCCCCUUAAGUCGGAGGACAGCUACGAGGGCUACGGCGAGGAGGACCUGCCCGACGACCUGCACCUGCAGCCACCCGGCCGACAGGGACCUCGAGGCAGCGGGGGCGUGGACGUCAUCGUGGACGAGAUCGACAUGUCCAAGUGGCGGGAGCCGUCGUUCGAGGAGAACGACAUGGUGUGCAUCAUCCCGCUCAAGGGCGACUACGAACCCCCGAAGCCGAAGCCCGCCGCGGCCAGCAGCAGCAGCAGGACGCAGGCUCGUCCACCGAGGGCGGACGGCGCGCGGAGGUCGCCGAAGAUGCCGCCGGAGGAGGAGCUGGUGCGCAUCAUCCCGCUGCACAGCGACGACGAGGAGAAGGAGACAGCCCCCGCCAGGUCGCCGCGCGCGCCGUCUUCGCUCGACCGUUCGCCGCGCAGCCCGCUGCCAUCCCCGGGCGUCACCGCCAAGGCCGUCGCCGCGGAGCCUCCCGCGGCCUCGAGGUCGGAGCCGGUGCGGCGGCGUAGACGAUCUGACACCAGGACGCAGCAACAGCAGGCUGGCGACGAGCUGGUCAAGAUCAUCCCGCUGCACUCACCCGGCGACAGCGAGAGCGAGACGGAACUGGCCGGGUACGCGGCGGCCGCCAAGGCCAACAGGGAGCGGCCGCGGAAGGCCUCGGACACGCGCUCCACCGCCUCGCGCACGGGCUCUCGCGCGGGCUCCGGGUCGCGGACCAGCUCGCGCCCGGGGUCGUCGCGCUCCGAGCGCAUGGAGCCGCUGCAGAUCGUGCCGCUGGUGGACCCGGACACGGUGGAGGAGACGGGCGUGUGCUUCACGCGCAGGGACCUGGCCAUCCAGCAGGGACGCCUCACGCCGUCCAAGGACCUGCUGUCCCAGGGCAGGAUCACGCCGCUGUCCAUCGCGCCCGACUUCCAGGACCUCCAGGUGGACGACUGGGGGCAGUCCGCGGGGCAGUCGGAUGGCCUUGGCGCCAAGCCCGCCACACUGGAGCUGGGCGCUGGCUCGCUCAGCAGGCACCAGUUCGGCGCGUCGCCCAAACUGCCGCGGCGCAGCGACGGCCACGCCGACGGCCAGGCCGCUGGGUCGCGCAGCCCGUCCCCACCCCCCGCGCCUCCAGCCGCCGCGGUGGCGCGCAAGUCAUCGCUGUCGUCCAUCUUGUUCCGGCGCUCCGAGGUGCACAGCCCCGAGUCGCCCUCCACCAGCUCCGCCAGGCAGAGGCGCGCGUCGGCCGCCCCGGCCAUCAUGUCCUCGGCCGGCUCCCCCAGCAGCUCCUUCAGGGACUCCCGGAAGACCCGCGACAGGACUACGCACUCCGCCGAGUCCGGCAAGCAGCGUCGCGAGAGCAGGGACGCCGGCAGGGUGGCGCCGGCACUGGCCUCCGACCACCGCGACGGCCGCGACGGCCGGGACGCGCCCAAGGACACCAAGGGUGGUGGAGUCUUUUCGGCGUUGUUCCGGAAGAAGGUACCAGGAUGUUGGACUGUAGUAGAGCUUGCUGUAGUACACGGCCGGGCGAGGAGGGACUGCACCCAGGCCAGAAACGGAAAUGUUGACUCGGUGUUUGAACCCACGACCAUUCGCCGGCGUUGUUUUUCCCCCUGUAGUGCGCCAGGCGUGGGUACAUGCGCCACCAGCAUGACGGCGUGCUGCCCUGGGUCGACAGUCCGCCCGCGCCGCGCCGAGCCCCCUGAACUAGACCCUCUGAAUGAAGUGUUUGCCUGCUUGGCCGUGCUCUUGCAGUCUCUGCAGGAGCGACCCGACUUGCCCCCCACCCCCAGCACGCCCAGCCACGUCCACCUUGACGUCCACCCCGCAGAGGGCCCCGAGCACCCCGAGGGCCCCGACGAGGGCGUCGAGUUCAGCUUCACCUGCGAGGCGACCUACAAGGAGUGCUUCCCGGAGACGACAGCCGACGACACUCCCCUGCCGUCAGUGUCCGUCAACAUGCCGGCCUGUUUGCCUCCGGGCACGUCUCCGGGUACGCCUCCAAGUACUCCUCCGGGUACGCCCUCGGGUACGCCUCCAAGUACUCCUCCGGGUACGCCAUCGGGUACGCCUAGGAGUGUUUUCCCGGAAGAGCCCAGAGGAACUUCGGAGGAGGGUUCGGGCUCCCCACCUCGCGAGCCAGAGGUAGGUAUUCCACCCGCCGAAGUGCUGCCGCCCCCGCCAGCUCCCGAGCCCCAGCCGCCGCCGCUGCCCAAGAAGUCCGCGUCGCGGGACUCGUGGCCCGCGCCGCCACCGCCGCUGGACACCAACGCGAACCCGAGCGGCGGCGUCGAGGACGACAGGCAGUCCAGGAUGUCGUCGGGCUCGGAGCGGGAGGUGGCCCCGCCGCCGGCCGAGCAGCCCGAGGGCGAGGACGCGGAGGAGGACCACGAGACCAAGGGGCUGGUGCUGCAGCAGGAUUCCUUCGACGACGAGCUUCCCUACGUGCCCACCACGCUGCCCAUGGAAAGGUCCGUCGCCGUGCCGCUGGUCCCGGUGAAGGAGCGCCUGGCCGCCGAGAUGAAGACGUGCCCCAUCGACAGGCCGCGCUCCACCACGCCCAUCAACCCCUCCUCGCUGGAGGAGUACGUCGCGCCGGGAGCCGCGCCCGGGGCAGGCGCCUCCCCCGCAGCGGCGGGUGGCAGCGCUGGGGGCCGGGAGAAGCUCCGCAUCAGCCUGCCGCGGACGGACUCCUUGACGCGGAGGUCGCGGCACCAGACGCGGCCCUGGCACGACUUCGCCUCGCAAGCGCUCAAACCGCGUAGCGACUCGCAGUCACCGCCACCGCUGCCGCCGCGAGCGCCUUCCACGCAACUGUCACACCCUCCGCAGCAGACCCCGCCGCCGUCGACGUGGAUCAACUUCGACGAGGUCCCGGAGAAGCGCAAGGCCCCCGUCCGCAUCCAGACCAUCCCGUCGCGGGGCUCCAUCGUGAGCGAGCCGGUGACGGCGGCGCGGCCCUCCGGCACGGCGUCGUCCACGGGCCACCACCAUCACCACCACCACCACGUGCACUACGUGGACCCCGAGGACUGCCGCUGUGAGUGCCACGAGGGUGAGCACCGGCACGGGCCCGCAGGCGGCGCAGGCAGCGCCCCCGGCCCGGCGGCGUCCGGGUCGGCGGCCGGGCCAGCGUCCGGCGCGCCGCCAGCACGACCCCCAAAGGCACGGCCCUUCGGCAUGGACCUCGACGUGUCCGGCAACCGCAGCAACCGCAGCAGCGCCACUUCCCAGAACGAGCACUCGUCGCCAGAGGGCGCAGAAUGAGACGGUGCGACGAGAAUUAGUUAAUAUUUGUUGUUAUUUGAUGCGUAUGAUUGCAAUAUAGUUUAAUAGCAAUACAAAUGGGACAGUAUCUUGUGCCCGACUUAUUUGGCAGUGAGCAUCCAGGUGUCAUUGUCAAUUGUUUUUAUUACGUGGGUUUUACUUGUUGUAAUUGUUGACGAGAUGGUAAUAAUAGUAAUGAUAAGCUUUUAUUAUUACUAGUAUUAUUAUAAUCAUUAUUAUUAUUAAUCAAAGGCUGUUUAUUAUGUUUCUUUUCUUUCGUCUCGCGGUACUUUCAUAUUCGUAGUCAUUUUAAUCCUUUCUCCCUCCUCUGUGUCCCUCUCUUUCCACGAUGUGUUCGUGAUCUCCUAGAGUGUUGUCACCCGGACUUCGUACUUGUGGUCUCCUUGAACAAAACGCCAGACGCACAGAAGUACGCAGCUCCACAAUGAAGAAAAUUACCUUUAGAAUCUGUUGACAAGAACACUGUACACUGCAAUAUUAUUAUGCAAUACUAUCUUUGGCCCUUGGACGGGUGGUGCCAUCCAGAUGUGUGCUGUGGACAGGCACAUCUCAACAUAUCGGAGCCAACCGUCGGUGGGUUUUAAUUCUACGUUUCAAAUUUAAUUUGCUUUUUAGAAGCCUAUCUGUCGAUGUACUCUUUCAGGAUACCCCUGCGUAUAACAUCUUGUCUGAAUGUGUUCCUUUCGCGAAGCCUUCUUCUUGUGAUGAGUCUUUCCGUGAAAGACGUCUACUAUACCCGACUAUACCAGAAGCGAUAAUUUUUAUUUUUAUUUUGUGACCUUCGUUUUUAAGACUGAAAUGCAAACAAAGAAGUGUCCUCAGAUAUGUAAGUGGCCACUUAUGCACAAAAUUGAAAAUAUGAUCUACUAACGCAAUAAUUCUGCUAAAAAAAAUCUGUGUUUUCAUGAAAGAACGUGUAAAGUUUAGCCAAUAGCAAAUACUGUGCGUCUCUAUUAUAUUUUAAAGUACGUUCUUUUGUGUUAUACGCGGCUUACAUCAAAGUGGAUUCCACUGCAAUCAAGCGAUUCAAGGGUCAGUGCGGGGAAGAAUCGAACAGUGCGGGAGCGGGGUAAACUAUCCCCAUCUUAGACUGAAUUGUCACAUUUCGGUACCCGGAAAUACUCCCCACCGCACCGGUUUGGUACCCCACACUAUUGCGAUUGCGUAACAGUAUCAGUAAGUCUCAGAGAGCAUUCCACUCUAAAAAUUGGGCGUCCGGUUUUUCUCCACCCCUUGAGGUAUUUGGUUCUGCCCCGCACUGACCCUAGUCUAUACCCAGACUAUUGUUAUUAAUUUAAAAAUGUAUCUGAGACUUUUUGUAAAAAAAAAUGUGACAGUGGAGGUGGGCGACUCGCCAUUUUAUGUGCUUUUUUACUUAGUUUCAAACCUGCCCUUUUGAAAGGCCAAACGCACGAGAGAAAACGGCUGAUGCAAAGAUUGGAUGGUAGUAACCCACACGAAGCCCGAAGUCGAAUGGCAUCGUAACGGCAUCUGUCUUUGCGUUCAUUAUGCGAAGUUUGAGGUAAACUAAACAAACUUCCAUUUUUCUAUCACUUACGAGGGUUCUACAAAUCUACAAAUCCAGGCUGCGCGGUGCGAAUGGUCGGCAUGAGUAAAAUUUUUAGUUGGUUUUUUUUCGGCAACGUCAGAAAAGUUUUACAGAACAAUCGGUUGAAAAUCUGUAGCUUUAAAACAAAAUUGAGGCUGAUGUAUCUAAAAAAGGUUGUAAAGCUUGUGGUUUUGAUUGAAAUUGUGCUUACCUACAUAUCGCUGGCAUUUCAUGCGACCUGUGACCUUUGAGUGAUGCUUUGUACCCAACUUUAAUACCAUUUUCAUACCGUACCCUUAUCAAUUUUUGUGAAUUCACUGCCGUUUUGCAUUUAAGCGUGUACUUAUCCUCAAUAAGGUUUGGCGACGACUUACGCCUAAAGUGCAUGGGAGAACAAUCCCAACUUGUCUGUGUCAUAAACACAGUAGAAACUAUUUUUCUUUUUCAGGAAGACUGCUUUUUGAAUUACUGAGUUACUUUCUUAGGUAUUAAUUAUGAGCCCGUCGAGCAAAAGGGGAAAAUUCAUUCUUUUCAAAAGGGUUUCUUUGAGAGAUGCGUGUUAAUAAAGUGGCUACUACAUAUCACAAUCUCAACUCCUCCCAUGCACACAGUAGGUGAAUUGGCUUUUAAGGUCCCCUAGCGCUGAUAGUACUCUCUAGAGAGUAUGUUCGACCUAGCAUCCCUGUCUUCUCAUAUUGUACUUCGGUCUGAGCAGACAUAACGUCUCACGUCCGUACUUUAUCAGUCUGUUGGAAGCGGAACCUUCGCCUACCAGACACCUUACUUGGCGCAUCAAGCGCUCGGGAAAUGUCCGCUGUGUUCCAAUUCCAUCCUUGGGACAAACUAACGAAAACCAUGCUCUAGUGCUGCCAAUGUUUGCAGCUCCUUCCAAUAUACCCAUCCAUUUUGUCAAUAAAAAAGGUAGAACAUUAGACUCUUGUUCAGAGGAGAGAGACUGUAAAAUGUUUCCUAUGAUCGUUGUUUAGUACUUUGAGCUAACAGCAACCUCGACAUGAACUGAAUGAAUGACAGAGAAUGUUAAUUGAUAGGUUGUGAUUUGUUAGCAAAAGACGCCUUAUCAUUAGAACCAGGCUCUGCGAAUUUCGAUACGUAACAUUAUGCUGAAUUUUCUUUAAGUGAUAUAUUAUUUUGAAUCGUCUGGUAUUCUAGGUUUGCAGUGCUACGUGUUCGGUUUUGUAAAUGAAUGUAAUUGUUGCAAAUUCUUCUAUGAACUACAGUUUAAGGCCUGUUAGCGUUGUUAUGAAAACUAACUAUCGUUAGGUUGUGUUGUGGUAAAGAAUUGCCACCAGAGUUGAUUUUGUUUUGUUAGUGACUUUAACAGGGAACAAUAAUUAGAACAGAUGAAAUGUUGUAAAUUUUGAGCUUUAAUAAAUGUGCAUCCAUCCCUUGUUACCAUUAUGAAACUGUUACUAUGUGAUGAGUCCCUUGUUGAUGGUGUUCAUUUGAUAAUAUAUUUAGGAUGUUCUCUGCAA